ACUGCAGCAGAGGGAGUGGCUGCAUCCUUCCCCACCUCAGAGCCAUGGGGAGCCCGGGUUCUGGUGGGCAGCCCCUGGCACAGGCUCCCUACACAGUUCUGCUUCUGCCUCUGGGAACAAGCCGCGAAGACCCAGGGGCCCAGAGCUUCUUCCUUUGGCUGCAGAGGAUGCAGGCUCUGGAGAGAGAGCAGGAUGCCCUGUGGCAGGGGCUGGAGCUGCUGGAACAUGGCCGUGCCUGGUUUGAAUACCAUCUGAGGGAGGCACAGCAACAGCAGCUGCAUUUGGGAGCCCUUGGUGAGAAUUUUCUAACAGAUUUACACUUGGAGCCUGGCGGCCCCCAGUUAGCCCAAAUUCAAAAGGUGAAUAUCUGUUUGCAGAAUCUGAUUCAAGGAAAGUUCUCCCCACAUCCAUUGAACAAGGCCAGUUCCUGCACCACCCAGAACUGGAAGGAAAGGUCCUGGAAGCAGAACUUGUGGCAGCAACAGGUACUGGGGGUGGGGGACAGAAGCCCUGGCCCCAUGGGGUGGGGAGCAUAUAGAUGCUUAGUCUAUUUUUCUCUUCUUCUCCAGGAGUUAUCAAGGCAGCAAAUAGGAAUCAUCCAGCCCCAGGAGAUGGCUCAACUGGGCUGUCCCCAGGGUCAGAGAGGCCCUACCCGUGUGUAAAUCUUCCUCAGUCUAGUGAAGGAGGAGGUUUGAGUCAGAACUUCCUCUCCUUAUUCUGUCUUCACCUGAUAGCCCAAUGGCUCCAGUUCUUGGGUCAACAGUGUUCACACAUCUUGGUACAUAUUUAUCCUCUGCUCCUAAAAACUUCUGUUUCCUCUUCUUGAUGUCUCAUGCCCUCACUCUCCCUAUAUGAUAUGCAAAAAUGAUCUUUCUUUGAAAUUCCUCAGGGGCGAAGACAUGUUCAUUGAAACCAUCCUUUAGCUUUGAAUAGAAAAAUAAAAUAGAAGCUGCUCCAGAGUUUAAAAUAAAAACAACUGUAUAAAUAACACUUCCUGGUACCUACCUCCUUCCAAAACUA